AAUAACGUCCGGCCGCCGCGCCAGACUUCCGGGGGGCGGGGCAAGAUGGCGGCGGUAACGGCCUUACCGGUCUCCCUCUCGGCCAGGUUUAAGGGAUCCUUUGCAUACUUUACAGUUAAAGACCGACUACCCCAGAUCCUCACAAAAGCUAUUGACACUCUGCAUCGACACAAAAAUGAGUUCUUUGAAGAACAUGGUGAGAAGGGUGUUGAAGCAGAGAAGAGAGCUAUAUCCUUCCUUUCCAAAUUACGGAAUGAACUGCAAACAGACAAACCUGUGACUCCCCUAGAAGAUGAGCUGCCUGAUGCUGCCCUGUGGAACCAAUACCUAGACUACCAACGUAAUCUAUUAAAUGGAAACGGAGAACCAAGUUGGUUUCAGUCCCCUUGGUUGUUUGUAGAGUGUUACAUGUAUCGAAGAAUUCAUGCAGCAUUAGCACAGAACCCACCUAUUGGCAGCUUUGAUGUAUUUAAGGAAGGAAAGGCUCAAAAUUUCUUUGAAUCCCAAGAGGCCAUUAUUGCUUUAUGCACUUACUUCCAGGAACUUCUUAAAAACAUCAAGGAUUUAGAUGAAAAGCAACUUCAGGGGGAACUUUUUAAACUACUGCAGGUGUCACUGUGGGGCAAUAAGUGUGACCUUUCUUUUUCAGCCGGUGAGAAAAGCUCUCAGAAAUCUAGUCCUUUACAAUGCCUGGAAGACAUGGUACCUUACAUCAUAGUGAAUGACAUGGAAAAACUUUGGUCACUACUUAUAAAUGCCAAAACAAGGAAUACAGAUAAGUGUACUGUUAGAGUUGAUGUAAUCUUGGAUAAUGCUGGAUUUGAGCUUGUAAGUGAUCUUGUGUUGACUGACUUCUUGUUGUCAUCAAAGCUGGCCGAUGAAGUCCAUUUCCAUGGAAAAAGUAUUCCGUGGUACGUGUCAGACACAACAAAGAAUGAUUUUAACUGGACUAUUAAACAGCUCCAGUCAGCUAAUCAUAUGUGGAUGUCUAGAUGUGGGAUAAACUGGGAGGGCAACUUGAAAAAGGGCGUUUGGGUUUACCAAGAUCACAUGUUUUGGACUUUGCCACAUAUCUAUUCCAGCAUGGCCGAGGUUGCUCCUGAUUUGUAUGCUGAUCUACAGAAGUCAAAUUUGCUUCUUUUUAAAGGUGAUCUAAACUACAGAAAAUUAACAGGUGAUAGAAAAUGGGAGUAUACUGUGCCAUUUCAUCAGGCCUUGAACAAGUUUCAUCCUGCACCUCUCUGUAGUUUAAGAACGCUGAAAUCUGACACUCAGGUUGGCCUGAAGCCUGGGCAGGGUGAACAAAUCCAGGCUUCUGAACCAGAAUGGAUGAUAAGUGGCAAAUAUGGGGUAGUUCAGUUUGAUGCUACUCCCUGAUUCCAGUUAAACGGUUCCUAAAACUCUAACAGCCAGAUGUAGAAGAGUUGUGACUGUUUUUUUUUGUUUGGCUUAAGCAAUGAUUUUUUUUUUUUGUUUGCCCUUUUUUCCAAAUAAUUUGUUGUUCCUUAAGACUUUGAUGUUCCAUAAAAAUUUCUGAGCUGACUUUGUAUACAUAAAUCGCUCUGCAUUUCAAUAUAUACUUUUUUCUAACACAAGUGGCUGAUGUCUAAGAUGAAUAUGGCUAUUUUUUUUUUUUCCCCUCAUCUGUGGGUGUGAGAGUUUAUGCCCAAGAAGUGAAAAAUCUACUUCAGAAACCAUUUCCUCAAUCACAUCUAAGCAUGUAUUUACUUCAGGAUAAUUUGUUCUCUAUGUGCCACGCAUUGCAUGGAAGUUAAUAUUUUAGCAAGUACAUAAAUAAGUUCUUAUGAAUGUGGUCAUUGCAGGGUCAUAUUUUAAAACAAUUUGGAAGAGUUUACUUGUACCUAGACUUCAUCACAUAGGUACUUUUUACAUGUUGCUUGUGUCAAUGGACAAAUCACGUUCAGCAUUUUUAAAUGGUUGUCUUUAUUUGAAUAUAGUUAGCAGUAUGUUAAGAUGAAUGUUUUUAGUAAAUAUUGAUUUAGAAUUUGAGAACUAAUUUUUUUUAUUUUAAAAUAUGAAUGAAUGUUGCUAUUUAUUUUCUUGGUAAGAGGAAUGUUAUCCUAUCUGGUAAGAAAAUCAGUAGGAAAAAGGACAAUUUCAUUUUAAGAGGGUGGAAGGUAUUAUUUAUUUAAGGGUCUCUACCAAAAACAAGAAGAAAAACAAAAACAACAACAACAAAAAAAAAACAACAAACACAAGAUUGAAUUGAAGGUGGCCUUUACAUUAGUGACUGUGGUUGAAGCAUUUUUUCCUCUUUCAACUUUUAUAUAUUUUAGAAGGAUACCACAAUUUAUAUUGGGGAAAUGCAGCCCCAGUUGCACUGAGAAAUACAGUGUAUGUUAGAGAUAUAUACCAUACAGGUUGCUGCUUAUUGGAGUUACAUCCCAGUUGCUUCUCCUCCUCUACUCCUGUGUCAGGAUACCUCACACUGAAAUUGGGUGGGAAUUCAGUAAUCUUUUUGUGAUAUUUCCUCCCCCCCCUCCCCCAGAAUGUAAAGAAAGGAGAAGGACUUCAGUAACUUUAAAAAAAAAAAAAAAAUUAAAAAUGGAUUCUCUCAAGUCUUAAAGUACUGCUGGAAUUAGGGCUUUUUAUAGAAGAGCUGCAGGUUUGUUGGGAAAUGGUGGUAAAAGUCUUUCUGUCUGUGAUGUUGUCCAGGGCUUCUAACAGCAGAACUUGCCCCUGGUAACCAAGGACAUUGUUAUUGAAAGGAAGAGUGGAUGAUAGGCAGAGAAUCUUCCCCUUCUGUUUUAUAGAUACAGUGAAAUAUUACACAAUGAAUCAGAGAACACCAAAGAGUCCUUAUUUUACUACACUUGGAAUGCUUUGGAAAGAGAAUUAGAAUGACUCUGGUGCAAGUUGGAUUAAAAGAAAUUUCUUCACUCAUGGUUAAACUAAGACAGGAGUGAACUUUAGGUCUAAAGAAUUGGAAGGGGAAGAUGGAAUAUUUUGUAGCUCCUUUGGGCUUUGAGAUAAAACUGGAAUCCCCUUCUGCUAAGUGAAAUCACUAGCAAAGUAUGCCUCACUUAUCAUUCUAAAAUGGACAGAAUCAGUUGCUGCUACAAGAGACUUUGUUCAUAUAUUAAAGGUCUAUAUAGUAGUUGAAUGUGCUCCAGUUAAUCAUGACUUUGAUUAUUUGUGUUUGUGGUUUUCUUUCUUCUGACAUCUGAAAAUAUAGUAAAAUAUAUUAAAGUUGCAAGGUCAAAUAUUCAAAAAUUAAGAUGCUUGGAAUUUCUUGAGGCACUGUGAUAUUGGAGGUGGGGCUCUAGUUUUGAGAGGCGGGCUUAGUACUGUCCGUCUGCCUUGUACCACUGGCUUAGUACUCUUAAAAGAUAGUUUGGUUAGAUUGCAGUUGGACUGGAUGAUCUUUAACAUCUUUUCCAACCUGAGCAAUUCUAUGAUUCUAUAAUCUUAAGUCACUUCAUUAGAAUGUGUAAGUUAGAAAUCCAGUUAAGAGAGCUGAAGGUCAAAUAGCUCAUCUUAGUCUGGAGGGAGCUCAAGGAGGCUCCAGCUUUGGUGCUUUGAUAAAAUACAUAAACGUCAUGAUGAAUUUGAGCACUGGAGCUUCAGUUUCUCAUCUUUGAGGAAGCUGUUAUUUCAAAUAUUUCAAAUUAUUUCAAAUGCACUUUGAAGCAACAGCUUUGGGUCAAGAACACAUACAAUUUUGAUGUUGUAGAAUACGUGCAAUAAAAACAAAAUAAUUAAUGAAAGAACCUGAUUUGUUUGUGUACAGUUUAUUUGUAUGGCGCUAGCUUCAUCUGCUGAAGAGGUUGAAAAGUGUGUAAUGAAGCAAAAAGGCUUGUUUUGCUGUUAAGGCAUUCCUUUGCUUAAGAGGCGAAUCUAUUCCCAGUCUUUGCAGAUGCUGGGAAACUUGUUUGCAUUUUUAUCUGGCUAUUAAUCUGUCUCUGUGUUCCCAAGUUGCUUUCUGGCUCUCUAUUUCUGGAAACUCAAUGCAAUAAGUAUUCUGAAGUCGUGAUAAAUAGUCCUACAAAUUCUAAACCACUUAGGAAAUGCAUCAGUGGUUGCACAGUAGUACUGAGUUUUCUUGUUGGAGGCCGUUGUGUUGAUGUUUGUGGGGAAGCAGGAUUUCCUGAGUAUUGUAGGACACGUAGUUCUUAGAUUAGCACUUGAAAUGUAACGUAAGGCAUGAUACCACUCUGAGGGGGGGGAAAAAAAAAAGUUGUUCUCCAAUUCAUAAACUGAGCAUAUAUUUAGGCCCUCAUAAAGAGAAGUCUGGAAAUUUACAUGUGACAAUUAUACGAAGAAUGCAAAGCCAUAUCUUCCAAAUUGCUUGACUUCCCAUAGCUGUAACUGUGAAGUACCAUUUAUUGACAAUUUAAUAUGCAUCAUACCUUUCUGGUUGGCUGUAUUGUUGUAAAAUUUGCAUUGCUGAUAAGGAAAAUAAGUGAUACUGAAAUGCCAGUGUUGUAUUCUCCUGUGCCACGAUACAGUGUUAUUCUGGUGAGGCACUGUUCUCUCUGCUGAGCUAGUUACAGUUCAAUUGAAAAUACUGUGUCCACUUAGGAAGUCCAGUUACAGAUAUUCAGUGUUUACUUGUGUUAAUGCAGCUUUGUGAAAGGGCAGCAUGCAACUACAGCAUUUAAGUGGAAUUUACUGUUAUUAGUAUAAAGCAUAUAUUAAAGCAAUGGCUUAUGCUAUAAUACUGCAUAGUUAUUUUCUUGAGUCUUCAAGAAAGUUGCUUCUGUACAUCAGUCACAACUGAUUGCCCAAAAUGCUUCUACAGCGUAACUCAGGAGCUACUGAUUUGUAUAACAAAUUCUUGAGGGUUUUUUUUCCCCAUAUGCCACUUGAUUACUUACAUCAAGUAAAAAUAAGGGCAUUUUCAGUGAUUCUAAGGACCACAGACCAGUGUCUUUUGACUCUGUUUUUUGUUCUACCUUUUCAGCAACUGCAUUUGUAAAUCAGUUUUUGAGAGAUAGGGAUGACUUCCAUCUGUGAUGAAACAGUAGAAAAAUAGUGUCACAGGCACAAAGAAAACCAGUAUAUGAAACUAAAGACUUGACAAUUCAUUAGGUAAGAUAUAUACAAUAAUUCUGUAUGCAUUUGAAGCUGUAAGAUGAGGCUUUGUAAAAUAGAUGCAGAAAAUAAGUUGACUGUGUGACUGGAAACUGUUUUAAGAAACAAAUUCUGUAACUGUGUCGCAAAUGUUUUAAUGGCUGGAAAACCAACUUGAAAUAAUUCAGGUCUGAGUUCCUGGUAUUUUUCCUCUGAAAUGGAUUUUAUAUAAUGCCAAUAAAGCUUAUUUAUCCACUGAAGUUUUGAAAGAAAUAGAUAAGAGUACCUUAUUUUUUUCCUUAAUACUGCCAUGUCUCAAUAAAAGUUUCACCUUGUUACAAUGCCAAUAUUGUUGUUUGUUUCAAAACUUUGAGAAUCUGUGAAAUAAAUGUGACAAUUUCUUCCUAAGGUUAGUGUAGCUGGCGGAGUUUACCAGUGUUGUUUCCUAAACUGAUAGAUGCUCCUUAUGUUUUCAGCAAAAAAUGAAAGUAUUUCAGUGUUUCAAUCCAUGCAACUACAAUGUUUGAAAAAUUAUUUUGUUUUAUAUGCGCUACUGAUGUUCUGAAAAUCUUAAUUGUUGCUGUUGAAGUGGUUGCUUUAAAAUUCAUAGUGUAUUUCAAUUCAUGGUUGAACUACUUAAUCUUUGUUUGACAUGAAGUAUAUUUAUCCCCAGUCUUCUGUCAGCGUAUGAAAAAUAUUCACUCUAUUGCACAGAAAUUACCAUCAUUAUGUGUUUUUUUUACUCUAAAAAAUUACAUUGUAUACAACAUAAUAAUCCUGAGGUGCAAUUUUUUUAAUAGAAUUGCUCAUUUUUAAUUCAAUAUUUUGUUUGCUCAGAAGCCUUGUCUAUCCAAACUUACAGAUCAAAAGUAUAGAAUGAUUUUGUUUUAAGGCCAAAAUAACUUAUGACUAAUCUAAAGAGUUUUAUAAGAAACUGAAAAUGUAUUGUUUGAAAUGUUUCUUUUAUUUCUAUACAGUAUGGCAGCCAGCACAGUAGGUGAGUCUUUCCUAUACUGUGGACACCCUUUGUUGGUAGUGGUUUGUUUGUUUGUUUUUUUUGCCUGAAGAACAGGUCCAAGAACAGGUUUUCAAACCGUUCUUAAAUUUAAUAAAUUUUAUUGUAGCUGAUUCAGAUGCAUUUCUAUUUCUAUUACCCCUGGAAAUAGAAGAGGUACACUAUUUCAUAAAUCAGCAAAGGCUAAUUAAUUUAAAUUCUGGCUCAGUUUCACAGUUGUGAAUUCUGCAAAUAAAUUCUAAGGAGGUGUUUGAUUUAUA